CACAUCUCGGUGAUAUCAACAUCCCUCGUGGCUUCUUUUUUUGUUCCUACGUUCAUUAGCGACAGAGUUACAGUAGCCGACCCAGGAACGAAGAAGAGUCAUCAUCAAGUCCACACAAAUUUCAGACUUCACUGACAAGGACCUUCCGAUAUCGCCCGUUUUGUACACUCGUUCACCUAGUGUAGCCAAAAGACCUAUCAACAUCUCACAGUCGUCACUCAUCCCAUUGACCCAGAACAGAACAUCACUUCGGACCAAACACCACAUUACUUCGACACACAGACACAAUGACCGUCGACGCCGUAACCCCCCAACAAAUAACAGUCGGCGUCCUAGCCCUCCAAGGCGGCGUGAUCGAGCACAUCUCCCUCCUCCAAAAGGCAGCUGCCCAACUAUCGUCACAAUCAUCGACACCGACACCACAAUUCAGCUUCAUCCAAGUCCGUACCGCCGCCCAACUCUCGCAAUGCGACGCUCUCAUUAUCCCGGGAGGAGAAAGCACAACCAUGGCUAUCGUUGCCAGACGCCUGGGAUUGCUUGAUCCGCUCCGCGAAUUCGUCAAAGUUCAACACAAACCAACAUGGGGCACCUGCGCCGGCCUAGUCAUGCUCGCCUCCGCCGCCUCAGCAACCAAACAAGGCGGACAAGAACUCAUUGGUGGGCUGGACGUCAAAGUCCUCAGAAACCGCUACGGCACACAGCUCCAGAGUUUUGUGGGAGAUUUGCGGUUGCCUUUCCUGGAAGAAGGGGAGCCCUUCAGGGGAGUGUUUAUCCGCGCACCGGUUGUGGAGGAGAUUAUCAGUUCUGGUCCUGGUACCGCUGAGGUUGAUGAGGUUGCCAAGCUAAAGGGAAAUCAGGUGGAGGUAAUGGGGACUUACCCAAAGCCACAAGGGACAGGAGAAGGCGAAGACAUUGUUGCCGUGCGGCAGGGCAACGUUUUCGGAACGAGUUUCCACCCCGAACUUACGGAUGAUGUCAGGAUACAUACUUGGUGGUUGAAGCAAGUUGUUGAGGGGCUGAAGUCUGGGGGAAGGGAUGUCCAGGCUCAGUCGUGAAGAGGACUUCUGAAUGUUGUUAUGGCUGGCUGAAGAGCGUUUGAUCAAAAUGGCAUCCCGUCACUGAUUGACCAUUGA